AUGCGGGUCUCCUCGGAUUCCGCGGAGGAGGGGAGCGAGAAGAACACCCAGAAGUCCGUAGUCUUCGAUGUACCCGCGGAGACUCAAGCCAGCAGAGACGAGGCCUAUGGCCUGCCAACGAACCUCACAUUUGCGACCUACGAUGCAUUUCUUAUCGUUUUAUCCAUGAGCUCGUACCUUCUCGAUAUAGGCAGUGACAUAUGGCUCGCUCAGAGGUUUUACGCUCUGGAGAAGUACAACUUCUUCGGAAUGACGAUCGGGGUUGUCAUCUUCACUUCACUUCUCAUCACUUUUCUCAGCUCGGUCUGGUAUAUCAGUGAUGGAUCUCAUGACAGAAUGUCUCCAGCUCAGUGGCAGCUCAGAAUCCUGAUUCUCCUUUGUCAGCUGGCUCCUGUUCUCAGGCAUGCCCAUGCCCUGGAAUGUGGGCUUCAUUUUCAAGCCCUUCUACGGAAACGAGGCCUCAGGAAUUCUGUGUCCAUAGAAGAAGCAACCGAGGAGGAAAAGGAGGUUCAUGAUCAUAUGGUAAAGCAAAAUGCUGAUGCCUCACUCCUCCGACUUGUUGAAGCAUUUGUUGAGGCAGGUCCUCAGAUGAUCCUUCAAUUUUAUAUAUUCUUCCGGCAUGGAAAUACCUAUGGAAGUGAUAAUCCCAAUCUAGUUACUGUACAGCUGGGAUCAAUGGUGACAUCUGUGAUCAGCAUGGCAUGGGCAAUGGCUGCAUACAGACGCUCCUCGAAACUUGCUGUCCUUACAAAACAGAAUAUCUCUUUGAAGGGGACACUGGUGCUCUUUUGUUGGCAUCUCUGCAUAAUCAGAGAACUCGAUCACGUAGAGUUGUCUUGCCUCUUUGUCCAGCAGGGCGAUGUCCGGCUUCGUGGCCGUCAGCUGUCUCGUCGUGGGAAAGCUGUAAUUCCACCAGAUGUGAUAGCUGCCAGAGUCCUGGCUUUGGGCCUCUUUGCAUCUGCAUUUGUCUGGUGGGUGUUUGUGGUUGCAAGCACCCAUGUGGGCAUCAUCUGGGGCUGGGCCUUCUUCACAAAUACCACUGCCUGUGAUCAUCGCUUCAAAGAGAGCUUCAACAUUCUCAUUGCUAUCAUCAACAUCUUUGAAUACCUUAACAUCAACAGCAAACCCACACGGAAGCAUUACACCUUAUUUUACAUUCUUGUAUUUUCUGAGAACUCCACCUUGGUCAUAAUGUGGUUCAUGAACACCAUUCACUCCCAGAUGUGGUACAAGAUCCCAGCCCUUGUGGUACAUUUUGUGACUUUUGCCCUUGGCAUUGCCUUCAUGCUCGUCUACUACUUUUUCUUCCAUCCGACCAAGAUCUUCUGGCUGGAUGUUCUCAGCAAGUCAAUGUCCUGCCAUCACUCUGCCCAUGGUUCUGAAAGUUCCUCUGGCUCCACCCCUUCAUUGAAUGGGGUAGUUCCAGAUGGAGAUGCAGAACCCAACUGCCACUCGAAGCUCAUGGAGAAGUCAUCUGAUAAUGGCUAUUCCCCGAAUGUCAUGUUUAAGGAUUCGGUCUGUGAUUCUCUGAAAGCUAGUGAUAACCAUACUGAUGCUUCCUCGACUCCAAACACUUCUUAUCCUCUUUCUAUCUCUAAUUAUACCUGCGAAGAUUUCGCACCAGAGAAGCAAGGGUAUUCACCUCAGCCAGUUUCUCCGUGCCGACUCUCCAGACUUGGAGAUCUCAUUUUUGGGGAUUUAUUUAGUUAUGAGGGGCUCCUGCUGACGGCAGGAACACCAUAA